GCAAAACGGAGAAAAGGCAAACACGAAAGCCUGUAAAUGGACCGAGCAACCAGACUCUCAAAAGCCAUAUACCUUAAUUCCAACAAUCCUAAACUAGCAUGGCUUCUCUUCAAGCGAAUCCUCUCAUCCCCCAUUGCCGCCUCCUCCUCUUUCUUCAAAACCUCUCUUCAAUCUCUACCCGCAAUCGCCCGCAUCCUCAUCACUGCAAAAAUGCACCCAGAGAUCGAUCACCUUCACCAGCUCCUCUUGUCGCAGCACCGCGAUUUCGCUCACCCAUCCGGAUUUUCACUUGUUCAAUCGCUGGCUGGUUCGGGUCUCUUCGAAAGCGUCAUAUCUCAGUUUCAAUCGCUCCGAACCAGGUUUCCCGAUGACCCCCCUGCAAUUUCUUUCUAUAAUUUUCUGUUUCGGUGCUCUUUGAAGGAGAGCCGUGUUGAUUUUGUGAUCUGGCUUUAUAAGGAUAUGGUUGUUGCUAGAGUUAAGCCACAGACUUAUACUUUCAAUCUCUUGAUACUUGCGCUUUGUGAAAUGGGUCACUUAGAGAACGCUCGGGAAGUGUUUGAUAAAAUGUCUGAAAAAGGGUGUGAGCCUAAUGAGUUUAGUCUUGGGAUUUUGGUUCGUGGGUAUUGUAGAGCUGGGCUCCAUUAUCGAGGUAUUGAACUUUUGGACGAAUUGACGAGCUCUGGAACUCUUCCCAAUAGGGUUGUGUACAAUACUGUGAUAUCUGCUGUUUGUGGAGAAGGUCAGACUGCUGAGGCUGAGAAAUUGGUGGAAAGGAUGAGAGACGCUGGUCUUUCUCCAGAUAUUGUAACUUUCAAUUGUAGAAUAGCCGCCCUCUGUAAAUCUGGGCAAAUUUUAGAAGCUUGCAGAAUUUUUAGAGAUAUGCAAAUAGAUGAAGAGUUGGGGUUGCCUCAGCCCAAUAUUGUAACAUAUAAUUUAAUGCUAGAAGGAUUUUGUAAUGAAGGAAUGCUAGAGGAAUCCAAGGCUCUCUUUGAUUCUAUGAAAAGAUCUGCAACUUUUUUGAGCUUGGAGAGCUAUAAUAUAUGGUUGUUAGGUUUGGUCAGAAGUGGACAGCUCCUUGAAGCUCGUUUGAUUCUAAAUGAGAUGGCAGAAAAGAGUAUAAAACCCAACCUUUACUCGUAUAACAUUUUGAUUUAUGGACUCUGUAAAUAUGGGAUGUUUUCUGAUGCAAGAUCUAUACUAGGCCUAAUGAGAGAGAGUGGUCUAGCCCCAGAUACUGUAACUUACAGUACUUUACUGCAUGGAUACUGCUGUAGAGGAAAGAUAGUUAAAGCCAAUUAUGUUCUUCGUGAAAUGAUGCAGGUUGGUUGCUUUCCAAAUAUGUAUACUUGCAACAUUUUGCUCCACAGCCUGUGGAAAGAGGGGAGAGCAUCAGAAGCAGAAGAGUUGCUACAAAAGAUGAAUGAAAGAAAUUAUGGCUUGGAUAAUGUAACUUGCAAUACAAUGAUUAAUGGCCUCUGUAAAACUGGGAAUCUGGACAAGGCUAUUGAAAUAGUGAGUGGCAUGUGGACCCAUGGAAGUGCUUCUCUCGGUAAUCUAGGGAAUUCUUUUAUUGGUCUUUUUGAUGUUGGCAAUAGUGGGAAGAAGUGUAUGCCUGACUCGGUUACAUAUGCGACCAUAAUAAGUGGGUUAUGCAAGGUUGGGAGGAUUGAUGAAGCAAAAAAGAAGCUUCUGGAGAUGAUUGGGAAAGGGCUAUCUCCUGAUUCACUAAUAUUCGAUACUUUCAUACAUAGUUACUGUAAACAAGGAAAGUUAUCAUCUGCUUUUAGAGUUCUCAAGGAAAUGGAGAAAAAAGGUUGCAACAAGAGCCUUCGAACGUAUAAUUCACUGAUCGAGGGCUUAGGUAGUAAUCAAAUAUUCGAAAUAUAUGGGUUGAUGGAUGAGAUGAGAGAGAGUGGAAUUUCUCCUAAUAUUUACACUUACAAUAACAUUAUUAGAUGCCUAUCUGAAGGUGGGAAAGUGAAAGAUGCCACUUCUCUUUUGGAUGAAAUGCUGCAGAAGGGUAUAUAUCCUAAUGUAUAUACAUUUAGAAUUUUAAUUGGAGCUUUCCUCAAGGCUUGCGACUUUGGAGCAGCUCAAGACUUAUUUGAGAUAGCUUUAAGUUUAUGCGGCCACAAGGAAUCCUUAUAUAGUUUUAUGUUCAAUGAGCUACUUGCUGGAGGUGAAACUUUCAAGGCUAAAGAGCUAUUCGAAGCUGCAUUAGAUAGAUCUCUUGCCUUGAAAAACUUUCUUUACAAGGACCUGAUCGAAAGGCUUUGCAAGGAUGAAAAAUUAGAUGAUGCUAGUUUCAUUCUUCAUAAGAUGAUGGAUAAACAGUACAGGUUUGACCAUGCAUCAUUCAUGCCAGUGAUUGAUGGAUUAGGUAAAAGAGGAAACAAGCAUGCAGCUGAUGAAUUUGCAGAAAAGAUGAUGGAAAUGGCUUCAGAAACCGACCCCAGCCAACAUGAGAAUAAGAUAAUCCGCAGAAGAUCAAAUAAUUAUGAUGAAGGUGAUUGGCACAAGAUAGUUCACAGAAAUGAUGGCAGUGGGAUUGCACAGAAAGCUCUUAAGCGUGUGUUGAAAGGAUGGGGUCAAGGAAGUAUUACAACUUUGCAGCCUCAGAAAUUUAGCACUCAUGAUUACUGGGAUGGUGAUGCUUAAAGUUUUUUCAAGUUCUUGAGGGACAGGAAAACAUGGGAAUAUGCUAAAACUUGCUAAGGUGCCGAAUGUUGAUGUCAGGGAGCAAAAAACAUCUGUACAUCAGCUCGUUGAGAAGAAAAGGAGCAAAAACGAAGAGGAAGAAUAAAUAGACAAGCAUCGAGUUUUUGUUAUACAUCAUUGAAAGUGGAAACUCUAGCACCACUUAGUAGUUUCACUGUGUCAGCUUGGAGAUCCACAACAGGGCACUCUGGAAAAUGAAAUAUGGAAUGGAGCGUCAAACUAAGAGAACAGGGAGCAAACUACAUUGCUUUUUUCAUUGGCACAUAUGGAACAGACCAUAAAAGAAUUAGAAAUGCCGAGGGUUCAUCUCAUUGUUAUACAUUGACACGAAAGAUAUUGAAUUAAAAUCACUCAGGAUGGGCUGCUACUUACUGCCAAUGGAGCUUCCUAAAGCCUGCUGAGAAAUCCAUUGGAGGCAGAGUCUGAUAGUCCGGCUACAAGAUGCUCUGAAUAUUUCCUUAGACUCUUCAAGGUCUGCAUCACAUGUCAAGAGAACCCAUUCCCCAUCAUCGUCAACGUCUUGUAAUAUCGUCUAAAUUGAAUCGCCUGGCAAUCUCUAGCUGGGAGACUUCAAUUGAGGGAAGCUUUUAUAGAAGUACCCGAUCUGUAUCGCACCCUCAGCACCUCGAACCGAGUCAAUCACAAGCUGGAGUUUCCUUAGAGAACGGCCUACUUUCUUGAUCUUUCAAGAAGGCCACCUUGUUAUCCCAUGUUGCUUGCAUAUCCUCUUCAAAGUACAUAAAUGUUUUACUGAAUGAGAAAAAAACCAAAAGAAAACUCUGAUGAACU